AUGGAUCCAACCACAGACGAAGGCCUUGUCGCUCCAAACAAGGGCAACAAUGGUGGGACAGAGACCAGGGACGCUCAGGACAAGAGUCAGCGGCUCAACGUGACACCCGCGCCAGGGCAGGCAGGCAACACUAGGCCCACUGCAAAAUCAACGACGACAACGACGACAACAACAACCACCACCACAACAGUAAUGACAACAACCGUUGCACCAGCAGCGGCGACAUUGACGACCAGCCGCCUCUCUGUGCACGUGUUUGGGUUCAACCGGCCGGACAACUUCCUGCGGCUGUGGGGGCAGCUGAUGGCUGCGCGGCCAAGCGGCAUGCCGACGUACUUUGUGAUCCACGUGGACUACGACCGGGAGGAGAGCGAGGCGUGGAAGGAGCAGGUGACGGUUGCGUCGGGCCUGUCUGGGACGACGACGGCGCACGGCCCCGUGACGGCGGUGUUUGCUGCGUCGCCAAAGGGCCUGCGGGCGACGAUGCUGGAGGCGUGGGCGCCCGUGGAGGGGGAGUACGCCAUGUUUCUCGAGGACGACAUUGAGGUGUCGGAGAUGCUGUUUGUGUAUGCCGAGCACUUUGUGCGGCGGUACGGGGAGGGCGAGGAGCAGGACCCGAGCGUGCUCGGGUACAAGCUGUACAACCAGAAGUGGGACGAGGUGAACCAGCGGUUUGAGCGGCCCGUCAACAACAACAACAUGCCCUUCAAGAUCCAGGAGCCGUGCAGCUGGGGCACGGUGUUUGUGGCGGCGCCAUAUGCGCGCUACCUGCGCUGGUACGUGGACCACAGCCGGCUGGACCCGUUUAUCCCGCACGCGUGGAGCAACACGUGGGACGCGGAGCGCAGCGCAAAGAAGUACCUGCAGCGGUUCAUGUGGGAGGAGCGGCUGUGGGGGCAGCUGAUGGCUGCGCGGCCAAGCGGCAUGCCGACGUACUUUGUGAUCCACGUGGACUACGACCGGGAGGAGAGCGAGGCGUGGAAGGAGCAGGUGACGGUUGCGUCGGGCCUGUCUGGGACGACGACGGCGCACGGCCCCGUGACGGCGGUGUUUGCUGCGUCGCCAAAGGGCCUGCGCGGGACGAUGCUGGAGGCGUGGGCGCCCGUGGAGGGGGAGUACGCCAUGUUUCUCGAGGACGACAUUGAGGUGUCGGAGAUGCUGUUUGUGUAUGCCGAGCACUUUGUGCGGCGGUACGGGGAGGGCGAGGAGCAGGACCCGAGCGUGCUCGGGUACAAGCUGUACAACCAGAAGUGGGACGAGGUGAACCAGCGGUUUGAGCGGCCCGUCAACAACAACAACAUGCCCUUCAAGAUCCAGGAGCCGUGCAGCUGGGGCACGGUGUUUGUGGCGGCGCCAUAUGCGCGCUACCUGCGCUGGUACGUGGACCACAGCCGGCUGGACCCGUUUAUCCCGCACGCGUGGAGCAACACGUGGGACGCGGAGCGCAGCGCAAAGAAGUACCUGCAGCGGUUCAUGUGGGAGGAGGGCCUGUUCCUCAUCAGCAUCAACCUGCCGGACCACAAGUCCCUCACCACCCCGCGCGUGGAGGCCGGCACAAACAUCAAGCAGAAGUGGCUCCCCUACCUCAGAGAGCGCCUCGAGGUGCCCCUCGUCACUGCAAAAGACCCGCUGCCGGAUGUGAGCGCGUGGCCUGCGCCAUCUGAUAUGUUGCUGCUGACGUGGGGGCGAAAGCGCAUUAAGGCGCCGCUGCUUCCCGGCCAACAGACCAUCACCCGCUUCUCAGAGACCCUCCCCAGCAGCAAGGAGUUUGACCCAAGCCCAAAGCUGCCCGCACGGGAGCGGUAUCUGGACAAGGUGCGGCAGCGUGUGCGUAACCACGUACUCGACAUUGAUCUCGGCUGUGACCGCGACUGGCUGCCGGGGGAGGUGGUUGUGCUCAAGGAGAUGCUGCAGGCGUCAAAAGUGUCCGUACCGGCCUCUGCGUCCGCCCACGUCAUGUGUCUGCUUGCACGCAUGCACGACCCAGCGCUGGGUCGCCCUGCCCUUGUGGUGGACGUGAAGCUUGGGCUUGGCUCGCGCGUACGGGCCAUCAGCUCCGCGAUGGCGAUGGCAAGCAGUCUUGCGCGCACGCUGGUGGUGGUGUGGACACCCGAUCACCACUGCGAGGCGUCGUUUCGUGACUUGUUUGCAGCGCACGAGGACCUCUCUGUGGUGGAGGAUGGUUCCGAAUUCCUCAAGUUGGCAAAGAACGCACGUGGCACAUGGAAGAUGGUUGACAUGCUCAACGCAGCGGUACGCGCCAGUCCACUCAAUUUCCCCAAGAGCAAGCACGUGUACAUCACCACGGCAUACGCACUCAACAACUCGCCGCUCUGGCACUACCGCAACGACAACAUUUAUCUCAGGGGCCUGUUGCGACAGCCAAGCAGUCCCGUCCAAGCCAUCAUCAACCGCUACUACUCGUCGCUUCCCGUCAGUGCACCAGAUGCCCCAGACUUCCACGCGCAGCUCACGGGCGUGCACGUGCGCAUGAACACGGACGUGCAUGGUGAGGUUGGCGGUGACCGUGACAGCAUGCUCGACCUUGCUGUCCCCUUCCGCCUGGCGUGCCACUGGCGCCAUUUUGUUGGCCGCAUUGCAGCGCUUGAACCGCCCGUCACAGAAGUGUUUGUAUCCAGCGACGUGCCUUCUGCUGCUGCCGGCCUGGCACAGCAUGUCACCGUGCACGCCCUGCCCACGUGCACCACGCGCAACACAACGUGCAUGCAGAUUGCGACUGCCAGCGCCAUGCUGCUCAGCAGGUGCUCGCGUGUGCUCCUCAGUCGGUGGUCUGCCUUCUCCGAGGUGGCGGCCCGCGCAGGGGGGCACAAGUUCGACUAUGCAUGCGAUGGCCCCAAGGACGGCUGGAGUCUGGCUGGUGGGGAGUAUCGACAGCUGCGGGAGGAGGUGGCUGCGUACUUGGCGUCACAGCACUGGCAGCAGAAGCAGCCUGUCAUCAAGGCGUUCUCCUCAUAUCGAUCAUAG